UAAUUCCAAGUCAGUGCGACAUAAAACUACUCGAAUUCGUGUUAAUUGACUUAAAUUAGGUCUUUGCGCAAAACUACCUACCUGCCCAUACAUGUCAGAAUCCCUGAUAGCCGCCCUGCGUGGGCGCGCAUCACGUUCCCGUCAGGCUGGAGUAAUGACAGGUUCCAAGCACUCACUCUUGACGACUUGAGUCAGAUUCCAGAUGAGGUCUGGUUAACUCAAUCCCGCCAGAUUGCACUUGUAGGAAAGCAGUGAACUGAGCAUUGCCAUUGGUGAAAUAGGAACAUCAUCUCUGGGCUGCUGGAGAGACGGCCGACGACGUCCGGAGGGCCCAAAGACAGAAUCAACUACCGACUAGUUCUCCGGAUUACGUCUCUGCUGGCUGGACAGCAGAACAGGCCAUCUGUCCCAGCUUCAAGCUGUUAUCGCAACUCUCAAAGGAAGAUCUUACGUGGUUCAUGACGUCUCGAAAUGAGGUAAAAUCAUGGCAUGAGUGGCCGCUCCAGAUCCUCAGAAGGUGGAAUCGAUUCCGUCCCCUCUGGCUCAGACCCUCCAACGAACAGGAUUUCCACUAUGGGGAUUCUUCAUUGUGCGAACUUAUUAUAGCUCUGCAAGUCGGUGGGAACGGUUCAUAGAGAAGUUUGAAGCGGUGUGCGAUGAACAGCUUAAUCAAGAGGUUGUUGACAACCUUGAAAAGAUCAAGGAAAAGUUAGAGUUCGAAAUGAUUGAGGAUCCAAGACUUCAAGGCGUAGGCGCGGAGGAGGCCAGAAGGUAAGCGGGUAGGGCAUGAGUGUCGCCAAGACUAGUCGUACCAAACCGAACUUACCUAGACAUUUUCAUAUUGCCAAAGCGAUAGAUGGUGUCGCUCCGGCCAUCGAUAUGAGAGUUCUACUUCUAAACGACGAUGCGACUGUAGAAUCGGUUCUCAACGAUGGCACGGACGAUAGUAAUGUGGCUUACUUCACUGUUGUCGACGUAACAGAGCCUGGUGAGCCAAAGGGGUACCUACCGGGGUCACUUCAAAGUAUUCGUCGACUCCUUGUUGUGCGAGUCUUACCCCAAGUUGUCUAUGGGAAUAAGCCCGCGAGAUCUUUGGCCCAUGAUGAACGAGGCAGAUAGCACCUGGACGGGUGAUGGUAUAUGAGCGCUUACUAGAAGGAAACUGGAUAGGGGUAGGUACCUACCUAAUACACAUUUAAGACCC